AUGGAAGCGCUGGUAGCACUAAGUCUAGCGUGCAACGUGCUCACGGUAAUAGACAGCAGUGUGAAGCUUUGCAAGGGCCUGAAGGCGGUCUACGACACGAAUGGUGCGACAGCGGAGAACCAGGACCUUCAAAAGUCCUCAGCCGAGUUGAGACGUAUAACAGAAAGUUUGGACAACUCCAUCAAGCCUGCGAAUUUAUCAAAUAAACUCAGUAGAGAUGAAAUCAAGCUGUUAGAUAUAGCCAAACGUUGCGACAGUAUAGCAAUAGAGCUACAGGAUUUGACAUCACCUUUCACUGCCAUCACGGGGCGUCGAAACCGAAUCACAUUGGCUUGGAAGACUGUAAAAGACAAGAAAAAGGUCGAGGGAAAACAGCAACUACUCGCUCAGUAUCAACAACAUCUACAAACAAAGUUGUUAGUGAACAUACUCAAUCAACACAAGGUUACUGAUUUGGAGCGAACGAAGGGUGCCGCGCAACACUUAGACGCGCUAAAGCGCCUCAUAGAUUCGUCGACGACAAACCAUAAUCAUCUAUCAAGGCUGAUAGCACAGCAAAUUGCACAGAUCAAUGAUUAUACGAGCCAGGUGAUACAAUCGGCACAGAAGUAUGACCAUGAAGCAAGGCUUCUCGAGCAGCUACUGAAAAGUCUUCGCAGCAGUGGUAUGAACGAACGCGAAAAUACGAUCGUUGGCAACCACCCUGGAACUUUGAAAUGGAUCUUCGCAGACCCCCCUUCGGAAAACAUGGCUUCCACGGACACUAAGCCGUCCUUUGACAGCCCCUCUGCCUGGCUCGAGCAAGACACGACGAUUUACUGGAUUUCGGGCAAGCCUGGGUCGGGCAAGAGCGUUUUGAUGAAAUCUAUCUCUACAAGUCCUGAAGCCUUGCGCUCUUUACAGAUAUGGUCCGGUGGACAUGAUGUCCUGAUCCUACGACACUACUUCUGGCUUGCUGGUAGUGAGGCUCAGAAGAGCUUGAAAGGCUUGUUUGCGAGCUUACUCUAUCAAGUCCUCCAACAGAGGAAAUCCACCAUAAGCACUAUAUUGCAGCGCAAAAGUGCAGACAGCGCGAUUGAGUUCUCGGACUGGUCGGUGCAGGAAUUGGAGCUAAUACUCCAAGAGUUCUUAUGCUCCAUCAGUGAUUGUGUCUGUAUCUUCGUUGACGGUUUGGAUGAAAUGGUAUCAAAAACAGAUAUAGACGAGGCACUUCGUUUCAUGAAGCACAUUGCCACAGAACAGCAUAUUAAGAUAUGCGUCUCCAGCCGUCCGACGCAGCUGUUUUGUAGAGCUUUUGAUCAAGUUCCAUGUCUGCACAUGCACAAUCUUAAUGAGCCGGACAUUCUCAAAUACGUAUGUGAGAGCCUUAAGACUCUGGAAGACCAGUAUGGAACUCCUGGCCUCGACAAUACUACUACGUGGAUAGAUGAGAUUCACCAUGAGUCAACUCUUCAAAAUCUCACCAAGCAUAUAACCAAGCGUGCCGAGGGCGUCUUCUUAUGGGCUGCAAUAGUGCUUGGUCAAAUCAGAGACGGCUUCGUCAACGCUGAUACUUGGAAGAUCCUGUUCGAAAGAGUUGACACUUACCCAAGAGAGCUCAACGAUCUCUAUAAAAGUAUCUGGCGUCAUAUGAACGACAACGUGUCUUCGUACCUCGCAGAAGCUUCGUUGUACUUUAACUUCAUGCGCUUUGACUGGGAACAUGAGAUGUUAUACCUACAGCCCUCAAUAUUACUCAUGACUCUUUACGCUGAUGGAAAGACACAGACUGUCUUACCUACGGAUAUAAGAACGGUAUCGUGCGAUGUUCUGAUUGAGCAGUGUGAGAAGAUGAUCACGAGGGCUCGCACUCGAUGCGCAGGCUUGCUUGAAGUGAGAACCUACAAGUCCGCAGGGACUCACGAAACAAUGCUAAGCAAUGGCUACAAGGAACUACAAAUCUACGAGGAUCGACAUUUCAGCUUUAUCCACCGUUCGGCCAUCGACUUCCUCAACGAUGACGAGUUCGGCCAGAAUGUUGUAAGGACUCGGUUGACUGAAUCGUUCAAUCCAUACCACAGACUUGUCAGUGCAGUAUUCGCUAAGGCGAAUCUCGAGCGGUACUUCAGUGGUGAGGCGCUAAAUAAUCUGGCAAAAAUUCUUAACAGCGGAAGGUUGCCCAAACUGGAGAGAGCCCAAAAGGUGGCACUAGUCGACAAGAUAAGGGUCAGUUGGGCUGUAAUGCUUUCAACGGGGCAGGCCACCAGUAACGUGGGAAAUCAUUCGAACAAGACUCGGACUGCAUAUCGGACUACUAGUCUUUCUUUACCCAGUCCAGUAAGAGUAUGCAGAUAUGAUUUUCUUGCAUGGACUAUAGCUAGAUUUGGCGUCGACUAUGCUGAAUACGCACUCGGUGACCUGAGAAAUAAAGUCAGCGAGAGGUACAUUCAAUUUCUGUUGACAAUAGUCAUGCCAGGCGACGACUAUGGCUCUGACAUAGAUCACUGUGCUGUUGAGUAUCUCUUGAGCUACGUGCCAGAUUUGAACUUCGUCUUUGUAGACCGCCCGUCACCAAACCACUUGCCAGCUUCUCUCUUGUCGUGUCUGAUUGCAAAGUGGCCAACGAACAGAAGGUAUAACCUUCGAGGACGAUCGAACACUGAGGCGGUUAGAUCUCAGUUGGCACCGAUGGUGCUGAACUGGUCCAAGAUUGUCAAGGCCUUUUGGUCAGCUGGUCAUGCAUUUGAGAGACGAUCGCCUAUUCGAGUCAGCUGGAACGCGACGCUUCGUCUCAGUUUCAACAACUCGAUGUCCUCUGCAGGAUAUUGCGACGAGAGCAGCAUUCUGUUAGAGAUCAGCGACGGGCACCUGCUCAAGCUAAUGCUGGUCUAUUUUGAGAUGGUCGAUUUGCCAUUCGAUUUGCAAGAACUGGCCAGAUCAAGUUCAUCUCAAUGUCCCGUCCGCCCGGUAUUAGUAGGUAGAGCGGGAAAAGGAAGGCCUCCCGGAAAGCCCCUGUACAGAAAAUUGCAGUGGGUUUCACUCACGGAGACACAUCAACGACAAUUCGAUGAUGUUUUCACUGAGCACACACAGAAACAUUCUCUUGCCGUCCCUCCUGAUUGUGAGUUGAAGGCAUGGUUCGAACGUGCGUACGCUGCAGGCACACGCGUCGACGACACCGUCAGCUACAUGCGAGAGAUGGGCGCUAUGACAAUGCCAGACGACCCUGACGUCUUGUACGGUAUGCCACCAAUGUUUAAAGACGACCCUGACGUUAAAGACCACUCCUUGGCUAGUGUCGAGGAAGUCCAUGCUACAGCCGCCCACGACGAAAGCGCAUUGUCAGAAGACGACGACUGUUUCGAGGAUACAGUCUCGGAGUUGACGGUAUCAUGA